AUGGAGGAGUCUUGGGGCGCCGGUGGCCCGGAACCCGGCGAUAAUCUGGCUCUGAAGCCGUGUCUGCUGCGCCGCAACCACAGCCGCGAGCAGUACGGCGUGGCGGCCUCCUGCCUCGAGGAUCUGCGGAGCAAAGCCUAUGACGUCCUGGCCAUUGAUAAGUCCCUGGCACCCAUCACCUUGGUCCUGGCAGAGGACGGCACCAUCGUGGAUGAUGGCGAUUACUUCCUGUGUCUGCCUUCCAAUACGAAGUUUGUGGCCUUGGCUGGUAAUGAGAAGUGGGCGUACAACAACUCAGACGGAGGUACCGCUUGGAUCUCCCAGGAGUCCGUGGACGUAGAUGAGACGGACAGCGGGGCAGAGCUGAAGUGGAAGAAUGUGGCCAGGCGGCUGAAAGAAGACCUGGCCAGCAUCGUCCUCCUGUCAGAGGAGGACCUCCAGGUGCUCAUCGACGUUCCCUGUGCAGACCUGGCUCAGGAGCUGGGCCAAAGCUGCGUCAUGGUCCAGGGGCUGCAGAACACGCUCCAGCAGGUGCUGGACCAGCGGGAGGAGGCCCGCCAGUCCCAGCAGCUCCUGGAGCUCUACCUCCAGGCUUUGGAGAAGGAGGGCAUCAUCCUGUCCAAGCAGCCAGAGUCCCACACUGGCGUCGGUAAUGAGGGGGAUGCCGUGGACACGGGUCCGAGCAGGGAGUGCUCCUCCGAAACUGCCCUUUCGAGCCAGGCCCUCACCACGCUGAAGGAGAAGCCUGCUCCCGAGCUGAGCUUGUCCAGCCAGGAUUUGGAGCUGGUCACCAAGGAGGACCCCCAGGCCCUGGCUGUGGCUCUGCACUGGGACGUGAAGAAGGCGGAAGCUGUGCAGCAGGCCUGCGAGCAGGAGCUGAGCCUGCGCCUCCAGCAGGUACAGAGCCUGCACUCCCUCAGGAGCCUUGCAGCGCGGAGGGACUCACUGCCCGGGGACCCGCAGAAUCCCAAACGAGCCAGGCAGGACCCCGCAUAG